AUGGAACAAAAGGACAUGGUCCUUCUACUUCUUUUAUUUCUGAAAUCAGGUCAGGCGGACCCCCUGGACGCCUAUGUGAACACCCAGGGGGCCUCGCUGGUUACCGUGGGGGCCAAGCGGCUGCAGCUGGGGAGCAUAGCAGACUGUGCUGCGCGCUGCGAGGAGGAGGCUGAGUUCACCUGCAGGUCCUUCGAGUUCCACAGCAAGGAGCCGCGGUGCGUGCUCAGCGCCGAGAACAGCAAGUCCUCCGCGGUGGUCAGGAAAAGGGACGUGGUCUUGUUUGAGAAGAAGAUCUAUCUUUCAGAGUGCAAGACCGGAAACGGGAAGAACUAUCGGGGGACAAUAUCCAAGACAAAAGGUGGCGUGACCUGUCAAAAGUGGAGUAGCUCGUCUCCGCACAAACCCAAUUAUACCCCUGAAGAGUUCCCACAAGAGGGCCUGGAGGAGAACUACUGUCGCAAUCCAGACAACGACCCAAAGGGGCCCUGGUGUUACACCACAGACCCCAACCUCAGAUACGACUUCUGCAACAUCCCCCAGUGCGAAGAUGAGUGUAUGCACUGCAGUGGAGAACAUUAUGUGGGCAAAAUCUCCAAGACCAUGUCCGGAAUCCAGUGCCAGGCCUGGGACUCUCAGACUCCACAUGCCCACGGAUACAUCCCGUCCAAAUUUCCAAGCAAGAACUUGAAGGGGAAUUACUGUCGCAACCCUGAUGGAGAGCCCCGCCCCUGGUGCUUUACCACAAAUCCCCAGAAACGCUGGGAAUUCUGCGACAUCCCACGCUGUGCAACACCUCCACCAUCUUCUGGUCCAACACAUCAGUGUCUGAAGGGAAGAGGUGAAAGCUAUCGUGGGACAGUGGCUGUCACGGCAUCUGGUCUCACCUGUCAGCGCUGGAGUGACCAGACCCCACACAGACACAACAGGACACCAGAGAACUUCCCCUGCAAAGAUUUGGAUGUUAACUACUGUCGUAACCCUGAUGGAGAAUCUGCUCCGUGGUGCUUCACAACCAAUAGUUCCGUGAGGUGGGAGUAUUGCAAAAUCCCAUCCUGUGACUCCCCGCCCGUAUCCACAGAACAGACAGACGACACAGUACCUCCUGAACAAACUCCUGUGGUCCAGGAUUGCUACCAGGGUAAUGGGGAAGGUUAUCGAGGGACAUCAUCCACGACUAUCACAGGAAAGAAAUGUCAGCCUUGGUCAUCCAUGAGGCCACACCAGCACUCAAAGACCCCAUCGAAUUAUCCAACAGCUGACCUCAGGAUGAACUACUGCAGGAACCCGGACCACGAUAAAAGCCCCUGGUGCUACACCACGGACCCCAGUGUCAGAUGGGAGUACUGCAACCUGAAAAAAUGCUCAGAAACAGACCAGAGCAGCCCAGGCUCGCCAGUGGUCCCCCCAGUUCAAAGGCCGCAGGAUCCUGCAGAAGCAGACUGCAUGUUUGGGAUCGGGAAAGGAUACCGGGGCAAGAAGGCCACCACGGUCACGGGCACCCCGUGCCAGCCCUGGGCUGCCCAGGAGCCCCACAAGCACAGCAUUUUCACUCCGGAGACAAAGCCACAGGCUGGUCUGGAAGAAAACUACUGCCGGAAUCCCGAUGGGGACACCAGUGGGCCCUGGUGCUACACCAUGAACCCCAGAAAGCUGUUUGACUACUGUGACAUCCCUCAGUGUGCGUCCUCUGCAUUUGACUGUGGAAAACCCAAGGUGGAGCCGAAGAAGUGCCCGGGGAGGGUCGUGGGCGGAUGCGUGGCUAACCCGCACUCCUGGCCCUGGCAGGUCAGCCUCAGAACCAGGUUUGGGAUGCAUUUCUGUGGAGGAACGUUAAUCGCCCCGCAGUGGGUGGUGACCGCUGCCCACUGCUUGGAGAGGUCCCCAAGGGCCUCAUCAUACAAGGUCAUCCUUGGUGCACACCAGGAAGUGAAACUUGAGCCGGACGUCCAGGACAUAGGAGUGGCCAAGAUGUUCCUGGGGCCAGGAAGAGCAGACAUCGCCUUGCUGAAGCUCAGCAGCCCUGCCAUCAUCACUGAGAAGGUGAUCCCCGCCUGCCUGCCAACCCAGAACUACGUGGUGGCCGACCGGACCUUGUGCUACAUCACCGGCUGGGGGGAAACCCAAGGCACCUAUGGUGCAGGCUUCCUCAAGGAAGCCCAGCUCCCCGUGAUUGAGAAUAAAGUGUGCAAUCGCUACGAGUUUCUGAACGGAAAAGUCAAAUCCUCUGAGCUUUGUGCUGGGGACUUGGCCGGAGGCACUGACAGCUGCCAGGGCGACAGUGGAGGACCUCUGGUUUGCUUCGAGAAGGACAAAUACAUUUUACAAGGAGUCACUUCCUGGGGUCUCGGCUGUGCACGCCCCAAUAAGCCUGGUGUCUAUGUGCGCGUCUCAAGAUUCGUCAACUGGAUAGAGGAUGUAAUGAAUAAUAACUGAUGGAUGGAAGACAGUGAAGCACCGACAGCUCUGGUUAGUAUGCUCAGAAGUAAUUGACAUUAAUCAAGUGAAGAAACUUCUAGUUACCCUCUGCCAAUUCUCAACAUUUUUAAAUAUUGUUGUGGAUAAAUUGUUCCAGUCCAUGGACGCAUAGGCUCUGUUACAAGG